AUGCAUGAUACAGAUCUCUCUGCCAACGGAAUCAACGGCUCUCUGCCCUCCUCACUAGGAAACUUCUCCAAGCUCUUUUGGCUCGAUCUGAGCAACAACAGCAUCACCGGAAGCAUACCAGAGUCCAUCGGCCUUCUAACUAACUUGGAUACCCUCUACCUUGCAGGAAACAACCUGACAGGUUCUCUUCCCGCUUCCAUAUCACUGUUAACCAACCUCUAUGCCCUUGACCUGCGGCGAAACAACCUCUUAGGACCCCUGCCUCCCUUUGCUUUCAACUGGUCUAUGUCAGCACUCUCUUUGUCAGACAACCACUUUGAAGGGCAGCUUCCCGCCUAUCUUGGCGACUUCACUGCAGAAAUAAAGGUCGACAGCACGCUCACAUGCCCCGCUGACAGCACCCCCUGUUCCGCCCAACUCAAGACGCUGGCCGCACGAGCGUACCCCAACGCCUUUUGCCGCAUCAUCUGCCCCUCCUUCUGCCAGACAUGCGUCGCCCCUCCUCCGGAUAACACAGGGGGGGAUUCAGGGGGAGGGACAGGAGGAGGGGGAUUAGGAGGAGGCGGUUUGGGAGGAGGGGGGUUGGGAGGGGGCGGUUUGGGAGGUGGAGGAUUAGGAGGGGGGUCGGGAGGGAUGCUUGGUGGGAGCUCAGUUGGGGGAUUAGAAAGUACCAUUGGCUUGGUGGGCAGGAGCAGGCUCGGAAGCAGCUUCGGGUUGCUGAGUAGCCGAGGCAUGGUGAAAGGAAGGAAGCGGCUGCUAUAG